CCGAAGGCAAAAAGUUGAAGGGAGCAGGAGGGAGAGUCUCCAGUGUUUAACAUCGUUACCCGUAAAAGGAAAAAGAAAAAGAGCCAAUAUCGCUGAAGAAUGAAAGUCUGGAGCAACAGUCCCGUCUCUCCCCCGAGGUCUGCCACAGCUACUGUCACUGUCACUUCUACAAUUACAACCACUACUGCAACAGUAACUUGUCCAUUUAUUGCUUUUUGGUCCACUUAGUCAGCACACCAGCCAAGCCUACCGCCGUCAGCACUGCUGCAUUACAGUCCCAAUCACAACUUCAGCGACAGCAAACUAAGUGGAGUCGAGAUGGGCAACUGCGGUACCAGGGAAGAGUCUGCAGUUGUUUCCAAUGCUCAAGUUCAACAGCUGCAUACUUUAUCAUCUUCCUUGGCUGUGAAAAACGGCAGCAACAAUGCUGCAGAUAAAAGGCAUAUUCAUAAUCGGUCCAUAUCAGAUCUAAGCGAUCCUUCGACCCCUCGCAACCUCGAGGACUUCAGAAAGAAUUCGGUGCUUUACACCCAUGUUAUCGCCUUCACGUUAUACGAGCUGGAAACGAUCACCAAGAGUUUCCGCUCCGAUUAUAUUCUUGGAGAGGGCGGUUUCGGAACUGUUUAUAAGGGUUACAUUGAUGAGAACGUCAGGGUUGGCCUCAAGUCUCUUCCUGUCGCUGUCAAGGUUCUCAAUAGGGAAGGCCUCCAGGGCCACCGAGAAUGGCUUACAGAAGUCAACUUUCUUGGUCAGCUAAGACAUCCAAACCUUGUAAAGUUGAUUGGUUACUGCUGCGAGGACGAUCAUAGAUUACUUGUCUAUGAGUUCAUGUUUCGAGGAAGCCUUGAAAACCACCUCUUUCGAAAGACGACUGUUCCAUUGCCAUGGGCAAGAAGAAUGAUGAUAGCUCUUGGAGCAGCCAAGGGACUUGCUUUCCUUCAUAAUGCUGAAAGGCCUGUCAUCUAUCGGGAUUUUAAAACCUCUAAUAUACUGUUGGACUCUGACUAUACAGCCAAGCUUUCUGAUUUUGGACUUGCAAAAGCUGGACCACAAGGUGAUGAGACCCAUGUUUCAACUCGAGUAAUGGGUACUUAUGGUUAUGCUGCCCCCGAAUAUGUCAUGACUGGGCACUUAACAGCAAGGAGUGAUGUAUACAGCUUCGGUGUUGUUCUUCUGGAGCUUUUGACAGGGAGAAAGUCUGUUGACAAGACAAAACCAAGCAAGGAGCAGAAUUUGGUAGAUUGGGCCCGACCUAAACUAAAUGACAAGAGGAAGCUGCUCCAAAUAAUUGACCCCAGAUUGGAAAAUCAAUACUCGAUAAGGGCAGCACAGAAGGCCUGCAGCCUGGCGUACUAUUGCCUGAGCCAGAAUCCGAAAGCAAGACCAUUAAUGAGCGAUGUAGUUGAAACUUUGGAACCACUACAGAGCGGUAACGGUACAAGUGAAUACUCAUCAACGGGUAGUAGUCCAUUUGUUAGAGGCGGCAUCCCUGAUUACAGGAUGCGGCAAAGGUUUACCAACAAUGUCGGUCCAGGGUCUAGUUGCCGGUCUCCUAACCCCAACUGUUCUCCAAGCGGCCCUGCAGCAUGUAGGGUUAGAUGAGUGAAAUGAAAAUGUCCUCUGUAAGACGUCGUACAUUGGUGUCUUGUAAAUGAUCGCAGGGUCAUUCGACACUGUUGAUCACCAACAUGGAACUGUAAUAUUUACCCAUGUCGUGUACAACAUUUGGAAGUGUAAUUAUUAUAUGGACACAUCGCUCUAACUUUGAUGUAAGGACAUUUUUGUAAUUAACCUGCAUGCUUGAUCCUUCGCCUCGGCAUGAUCUUGGAUUUUUCUUGCCUGUUAUUCAUGUACACGCCA